CUCUCUGGAAUCCGUUAGGUUUUUCUCUGAAAUGUUCUCAUACGUGUCUCCUUUAAUCCCAUUCAAUUCAUGUGCAAUUCAUGCGGAGGCGAUGCUAAAUUAAUUCUCAAAGUGCUCCAAUUGAGCCCACACCUCCAAUAGGUCUGAAUUUAAUGAGAAAAAACCCUUAAAACCCAGACUACGCCGUACUUGGAUAUUUUUAUCCCACGGAAGAGGAGCGGCACGAACAAGCUGACGCACCUCUCCCGAGUGUUCCUCUCCCGUACCUAAGCACCUACACACCGACAAAAUUACUACAAACGUGUAUAAUACUGGACUACCAAUGCGAGAUGACACCGCUCGCUCGCGACACGCGAAAGGUGGUAAAGGAGUCCUUGGGCCGCUAGUUGUGACGGCUAAGCCACACUAUUCGGUUCGUUAAGCCAUGUUCUCCAGCCGAGCAAUUCAGGAGUCUCUAAUCCGCUUUAAUUAACGAAUACCAGGAGAAACUCGCCUGGCUUUUCCGUUGAUAAUUAUCCGUCUGUUAUUUACGGUUUCAGAUUGAAUUCUAGGCGGAUGUCGCGAUGACACUGCACUGGUGGAUGCACUGGUUCUGGGUGACCGCACAAUUUGCUGUCAUCCUUGGCGUUCCUCUUCCAUCAACAACCGAAGAUCCUCACCUCGAGCGGGACUCGAGCCUGUCAUGGAGGGCAAUAACAGUGCGAAUGACCUCAGAACCACCGAUCCGAUCAAGCAUGAGGAUUGCCAAGGCGAUAAGUUCCUACGAGCCGUCCAUUAAAGUCAACUCCGUGGGCCUGGCUGGUCCAGUGGUCCGCCGGCAGUCUUUCAAUGCUUCCAAGCUCCUUAAAAAAAUCCAGAUGGUGCCUGUGUCACCACUACCCAUUAGCACCCACUUCCCCAUCCCCGAGGUCCAGCGCCCCAGCUUCAACCUCGUGAGGAAUCUCCAGCAGGAUUUUGGAGAGGGCAGUUUUCGGGGGAACGAGGAGAUAUUCCAGAAGAGAAAGGAUCAGAGCUGGGAGAUAUUACCCAGUCCUGUGAAGGAUACAAGACUCACGUGGCUGCUGACGACACUGCGGCCUGUGCGAAGGAGAACCGAGGAGGUAGACGAGGAGGAAAUUGAGGAAAAAUUCAGCAAUCUGAGUACAGUUGAGGAGCGGGAUCUAACGGUUCUGCCACUUAGACUCGAGGAGACUCGUUUCAAACUGGUGGUCAACAGAAGUCGGACUAUAAACGGAGAUACGGACACGGUGUCGUUCAGCAGUCGAACGUUUAAUGGCUCCGAGGAUAUUGAGAUUGAUCAGGAGUUGGCGGAACCGAGGAUAGCCUCGGCGACUGCAUCACCGGUUGUGCACCCUGGUUUGGGGGAGUCUACGAGGUUGAGUAGGGCCAGGAGUGCGUUCACUAAUGACUUCCAGAGGGACCGGGCGCAGGACAGAUCUUCCCAGGAUGACGACGACGAUGUGAUGGAUGGAAAUGGCAUUUCUGCGGGGGUCACUGCUGAGAGUGCUACCACCUCCCUGGUGGACAUUGCUGCUAUCACAGGGAGCUGUCUCGCUAUGAUUGUUCUGUUGAGCACCAUGGGGAGCAUCGGGUUCGUUAUGUACAGGAAAAAGUACUUGAACCCUCCGCAGACGUUGAACAGUGACAAGUGCAGCAAUCCUGACAGCUCUGGGUAUAUCGAUGACUCUACCAUUCGGGACAAUUCGGAGGAAAUGUACAGCCUGGACAACGACUCUUUCCUUAACUCUCUCGAGGCGAUGACAAUACAAAAUUACUGGACAGACAGUGUGAAGCACACGAAGCUGUGACGCCAACAAUAAAAGUGAGCUGAGAAUUGCAUAUCUGGGAGAAAUUGAGUCUAAAUUUUUGCGAGGAAUUUCCAAAAUUAAAAAACAAAUUAUCUCAAAAGAGUAAUACUAAUUUUUGGCUCUUUAAUGAAACGCUAGUAUUAGCCGAAUAGUGCAAUAAAUUUUCGUGUACUUAAAUAUGGUAGGUGAAACAAUAAGGAAAGUGUUUUUUUUUCAUUGUGUGUGGAGAGGAAAGUGGAAAUGAUGUAGUUUAAGUACAAAUAAGACUUUUAGAAACGACGUAGAAAUUUUUCUUGAUGAAAAAAUAAUUGAGAGGAAUGAAAUUGUAAACAUUGUGUACAUAACGAGCCAUUUGUGGUUUCAAUUAUUCUUUAAAAUACGGUGGCACUGCGUUUUCCAUUCCACCUUGUAAUUCGUUUGCUUUGUUAUUAUUUUAUCGAAUGAAUUUCGCCUAAUAGUUUUUAAUAAUUUUCAAACCAAUUUGUUACAUUCGUUCAUUUGUGAGUUGAUAAUUACUAACGAAAGAUCGGACCAAGACGUACGUAGUUGAUAGUCAAUUUGCCUUUAUAACAUAUCCACUAACCGACUAAUUGAUUCCAUGUUUACUCUUGAUCCGUGUCAGCAAUUGAAAAUACGUAUGAAAGAAAUUUGAAGAAAAUAAUGAACAUUCAAUGCACUGUUUAAUUUUAAAUGAUCCUAGGAUUAUUUAAGAAUUAUAUUUAUAUACGAAUUUUUCCCCCAAUUUCAAGAAUAAUGAAUAAAUGAUAUAUAUUACAUUAACAAUUUUCGGUGAUGUGAUAGAAGUAGUCGUUGGGAUUUACCUUUUAUUAUCACGGUUGUGAAUAAAUACACGCAUUUAAACAUGACAA